UUCGGCCUCGCGUUGCAACGAGUACGAGCCCAGUGGACGGACGAGGCCCACCGCGGCGCGGCGCUGCGGUCGGAGCUCACGGCGCUUGGCCCGCUCGCGGUCAAGGUCGGCCAGACGCUGAGCCAGCGCGAGGACAUCCUGCCCGCGGACGUCUGCGACGCUUUGAAGACGCUGCAGACGCGCAACGAGCCCUUCGAGGACGCCGUGGCCUUUCGAGUCGUCGCGGACGAGCUCGGCUACGACGCCGGGCCGCUCGCGCCGGGCGCGGUCCCCGCGGGCUGCGCCACGCUACGAGGACCGACGCUGCUCAGGCACCUGUCGCCGACGCCCGUCGCGGCCGCGAGCCUGGGGCAGGUCUACCGCGGUACGACGCACUCCGGCGUCGACGUCGCGCUCAAGGUCAUGCGGCCGGCGGCGCCGAAGCAGUGCUUUUUGGACGCCGCGGUGAUCCUGCUGCUCUUUCGCUUCGCGGAGCGGAGCGGCGCCGUCGGCGAGAUCGACCUGCAGAAGAUCUUCGACCGGGUGGCGUCGGGCAUCGUCCAGGAGCUGGACUUUCGGAACGAGGCGCGGAACGCGAAGGAUUUCGGCGACUCGCUCCGGUUCCUGCCGUACGUGGGCGUGCCCCGGGUCGUGCCGGAGCUGACGAGCGACGCGUCGGGCAAGGUCAUCGCCACGGAGUGGGUCGAGGGCCGCCACCUCGGCGACCUCGACAAAGACGAGAAGAUGGAGCUGAGCGUGCGCGCGGUCGAGGCCGUGACGGCGGGGCUGGUCUGGACGGGCCUCGUCCACGCGGACCCGCACGAGGGGAACAUGCUGCUGGCCGACGACGGGAAGGUGACCUUUUUGGACUUCGGGCUGAUGUCGUCCGUGCCCGACGACAUCAUGGACGCCUUCUCGCUGGGCAUCCAGUCGGUGCUGAAGAAGGACUGGGAGAGCCUGACGCAGGCGUUCAUCGACACGGGCUUCGUCGAGACGCCGAUCAAGUGGCGGCCGGCGCCCGGGGAGGCCUUCCUCGGCGAGAACAUGCAAUCGGAGGCGACGGGCCUGUCGCAGUUCGGCGCUUUAAGUACGGUGCUCUUCAAGAUGGGCACGCGGUGGCAGAUGCGCACGCCGCCCUACAUCAUCCUGCUGAUCCGCACGUUCCUGACGCUCGAGGGCGUCGUCGCCCAGGUCGACGAGGAAUUCAACGUCUACACCGCGGCGUUACCCUGGGCCAUCCAGCGCGCGCUAAGCCCGUCGACGGCCGAGAGCCGGCGCGCGCUCCGCGAGACGCUGCUGACGGACCGCAACGAGCUGCGGCUCGACGCGCUGCUGGAUCUG